UCGAUUGCUCAGGUCUGGCCUCUUCAAACCCGGAAGUGAAAGAAGAAUAUCGCGUCCAACAUGGUGGCCACCAGAAGAGGAGGACGCGUGGACUCCCCGACUAAAACAACAAAUGAGAAGCAGCCAGUUGUCCAGGCCACCCCCUCCACUGCCAGAAGAACCAGGAGCGCUCAACAGGAUGAAUGCCCUGUCCCGCCGACCCUCGCAGAGACCUGCAGCCAGAAGGAGGAGAAGCCUGAAGGAGGAACAGUAGAAACUCCUGCCGCCUCCACAAAGAGAAGAUGCAACAGAGUCUCUAGAAUCCACAGUCCAAAGGAUCCCUCUACCCCAGUGGGCUCCAUCCACGAAGGCGACACGUCUGACGCGGAGUCCCUCUGCUCUGUGGCGUCAGACGCCGAGCCACCACUGACACGGACCAGACUGAGGAGCAGACAGCUCCGCGAGAAAGAUCAGGACCAUGAGGUAUCCGAGGUGGAGUCGAGCUCCUCCGUCGUGUCUCCGAUCAAACCUGGAGUCCGGCGAAGCACGAGAAGGAAGACGUCUGACGAGGCCAAGGCAGACGGCAAAAGGGAAAUGCCGCCAGAGACGGAGUCCUGUGGGUCGGCGAUGACUGACUCUCAGAGAGUUACAAGAAGUCAGAGGAGAUCCGCUCUCACCCGAUCGUCCGCGAGACGACUCGCCGAGGAUUCGGAGCUCUCUGAGGCCGAGAGCUACGCGUCCAGCGCCUCAGGACGGGGGCCCAGAAGGCCCAUCCGUCCUAUUCCAAUGCACCUGGAGGAGCUGUCUGAAAGCUCCCAGUCCCCCACCAGAACAACUCGACGGACCAGGGCGACCAGGGGGGGCGCAGCGUCCACCGAGGAAGACGAUAAGAAACCCAGUUGUGACUCUGAAGGGUUUGAGUCAGGACCCAAAUACAGCCUGAGCUCUUCAGGCAGAACCCGUUCUGCUGUCUCCAAAGCUGCCGGGGAUUCAGAGUCCGAGGAGGUGGAAGUGGGUUCAUCAACGGGCAGCAGAGGGACUCCCUGCAGCAGCCGCGCAGGAUCUGGGACCAGCAACCGGAGAGCUCCAACGUCUAGAAGGUCUACAAAGACUAGCAGCGCGGGUUUAGAAAAAACCGAAGAACCGGCCGAAGAGGAGAGCUCGUUAGAUGACUCUAAGUUAGAAAGCACAGUGAUCGGAGAGGACGGAGACUGCACCCUGGUGGAGGAGCAAAAGAGCCAAACAUCUGGAGACGAGGAGAGUUUGGACAGCGCUGAGCUCACGUCCAGCGGAGCUGAGGAUGAAAAGGAGAAAACAAAAGAUGUGGCACUCCCAGGGUCAGUGUGCGCUGGAGAUAUCAGUGAGCCUGCAGUGAUCACCGAAGACCUGAAGGAGGAGCUGUCCUCUGAAAAUAAGGCUGGAGAGGCCUCAGAGAUAGAGAUGAUGGAGGAAACGAUCCCACCAUCAGAGCCAGCGCAGAAUCUCCCGUCUGCUCCAGCAACGAUAAGUCAGACGGACUCUGAAGACAUUGAGAGGGUGGAGAAGAAGCAGGAAGCUGCAGACGAGCCUCCAGAGGAGGAAGAUGUGGAAAUCCAGCCAAGGGUGGAGGAAAAACUGGAGGUCCAUGUGACGGCGAGCCAGAAGGUAGCGGUCUCAGUAGAGUCGGACUCAGAGCAGCAAUCUAAGGACGUUGUUGUCCAGAAGACGAAAACUGUCAGCCUGCUAGACAGCAGCGACGAUGAAGACGGCUCUGAUGAAGAAGAGGAGGACCUGAUGUCUGAUGAGGAUGACUUGGGGAGCAGAGAAGAACGAAGAGGAAAACCUUCCAGCGUGUCGCAGGCUGCGUCCUCGUCAGCAGUGGAUGGGCUGUUUAUGAUCGACACUCGACCCGGACAAGAUGCCGACCUACAGUACUACAGGGAGGAAGAGGAGGCUGCGGAUACGGUGGCUGAACAGGAGGAGGAAGAUGACGAGUUCAUAGAUGAAGACGGGGAUGAGGAUGAUGACGAGGAUUCAAAAGUCCUGUUCUUGAGCAGAAACCCUCAGUUGAAAGAGUUGUCCAGCCGUAUUGACCCCGGCCUCAGGGUGAAGGAGCUCGGCGGUUUAUACAUCAGUUUCGAUGGCAGCAAAUCAAAACCCGUCUCCAGCUCGCUGCAGAAACUAAAGGAAAAGAAGAGCCUGGAUGAGGUGAUGAAGAAGAGCGUGAUCGGACCGGACUUUGAGAAGAAGCACGCGGUGCCUCCCUACAGUGAAUCUAAACAAGCCUUAAAGUUGAAACGCAGAGAAGAGAGGGCGAAAUCAACAGGAGACGGUUGGUUUAAUAUGAAGGCUCCAGAGAUUUCCCAGGAACUGAAAGGCGACCUGCAGCUGCUGAAGAUGAGAGGGUCCCUGGAUCCCAAGAGGUUCUACAAGAAGAACGACAGAGAUGGCUUCCCCAAGUAUUUCCAGGUGGGCACAGUGGUGGACAGCCCGGCUGAUUUCUAUCAUUCCCGUAUUCCCAAGAAGGAGAGAAAGAGAACCAUGGUGGAGGAGCUGCUGAACGACGCCGAGUUCAGACAUAAAAACAAAAAGAAGUACCAGCAAAUUAUAGCGGAGAAAGCGGCACAAGCAGCUGGGAAGAGGAACAAGAAGAAGAAGAUAUUCCAUAAGAAGUGAAGAUGUGGCGCGCCCCGACUCUGAGAGCUCGAUAUUUGGUCCUUUAGCAUGAGGGUUGAAGAGGAGAAACUACGAUGAACCUCACUGGAUCCUGAUCUUUACAGACGAGAUGAUUCCCUAACUCUGUACAGUCAUCAGUGAAUAGGGCUUCUCAUUUUUAAUUACAACAACCAAUAUUAAAGUGUGUGCCUGAAA